AUGGUCAACACGGGACACCCGAGCAGGGCAUGCAAGCUCUGCCGAGCGAGGAGAAUCAAAUGUGACGAGACCAAGCCGUUUUGCUUGAAGUGCGCAAAAUCAAAGAGAGUGUGUCCUGGGUAUCGCGACGCAUUCGAGAUCAAUCUCCGCGAUGAGACGCAAUCAACUAUUCGAAAAGCCAAGUCGGCAGCUUUGAGGAAAGCCAUAAGGGAAGGACGCGCAACGGAACAGGACGCGGAGAAUGAAAGUCCAAGUCAAAGCCAGAGUCAGAACCAGAUCCAGAGCCAGAGCAAGGCGAAGGUACAGGAAUGGACGCCGCCGGCACUACCACCGCCUCGAAAACAGCAAAUUGUCGCCAUCCCCGAAGACGACUGGUUCGACCGACACUCCAUGUCUUCGGGGUCUUCCGACGUAUCACCAUCCAUGUCCUAUGCGUCUUCGCUUUCGUACAUCAGUAACCAGGCACCAGAUACGUUUGUGUCUUUCAAGGAGUUGGAAGGUGGGACUUACGGGAUGCCACAAACGUUGCAGACACCACUCGACCAACAGGCCACCUGCUUCUUCCUCGCAAACUACGUGCUCGCGCCUCCGACUGGUGUGGGCAGAGGAAUCCUCACAUUCGUGCUCCCGUUGUUGAACAUCCCGAGUUACCAGUACUCUCCGCUACAAUCGGCAUUUUCCGCAGUGUCGAUGGCAGCUUUGGCAGGAAGACCAAACUCGAGACGACUCUUUUCGAUGGCACAUCUCCAUUACAGCAAAGCACUCGAAGACUUGACGCGAGCAAUGCAAGACAAGGUUGCUGUGAGACAAGACACGACUCUUGCGUCUGCAAUCUUGCUUGCGUUUUAUGAAGGUCUGGUGUCAGACGACGUGGAAAUGUCGGGAUUCAAGAAGCACAUCUCGGGAGCAACGGCUAUUGUGAAGCUCCGCGGACCUCAGCAAACAGCGACUGGUGUGGGAUUGAGCAUGUUCGAAUUUGUGCGAGCAACAUCGGUCCGACAAUACACGUUCUUUGCAAACAUCUCGCUGGAAGAUUUGACGUGGUGGGCGCGGCAAGCAGUCUGCGAUACCGUCGGUCAUCAGGCUCUCGUCUUGAACCUCCAGACUACAAUGAUUCGUGCGGAAGCCGACAGUCUGCUGAAAGGCGCGAGGACAACCGACAAAAUCGACAAAGCUCUGAAGCUGCUCCAACGAGCUCGGAAAAUGGACGACGAACUCGGGAUGUGGUUCGACAAGUGUCCGCCAGCUUGGAGAAAGGGCAUCUCGGGCUCCGCGAUUGACGUGCCUGAUGACAAGAUUGGCCUUGUUUCAGCGUUCCCCGGGCCUAUUUACGAUUAUCCUAACGUUUGGGCUGCAGGAAAGCACAUCAACACCCACGUCUCUAGGUUGCUGCUUAACCAAGUCAUCGUUCGUUGCAUCGCGUGGGUAUGCGCACCGAGCGACCACACCUUGACCAAGGAGUACAUCGACGCCAACAAGAUUGGCAAGGAGCAAGUUGCAGACAUCAUCUCGAGCACACCGUACUUCUUCGGGUGGACGGGCGAUGCCCUCAGCACCCCGUACUUUCCCUGUGGGACGUCAGAGAUGCCCAAGGGUCUAGCCGGCAUCUCUUGUAUGUGGCCACUUUUGGCAACUGGUUCGAGCCGAUUUGCCACCAGAAGGCAGCGCAUGUACGUCAAGGCCCGUCUUGCAAAGAUUGCAGAAGAGAUGGGCAUCCGCCAAGCCGAUGUUUUUUCAAAGCAAAUUAUGCUAGCUUAG